CAGUAGUCAAAAUUCAUAGUCAGAUGUCAUCAUCCAAUCAUUCACCUCCACCCCCGUCUCCAUCUUCAUCCAAAAAAAGCAUUUCAGAGAGCGAAAACGAAACUCACCACGCAUUACCUUCCAAUGAUGGUUUAGACCCAGUAAUUCCCCAAGCUCCUAUAACCGACGAAGAUCCAUUGUUUUUCUCACCUCUCGCAACUAAUGGAAAUUGUUUGGAAAGCGAAAUACCGAGUCAAGAGGCCUCUGAAGAAUGUUCGAACGCAGGUUCAGCUGCCGCGGGCAACGCCUCUGCCGCUGAAACAAUUGCCGCCGAAGCUGCUGCGGCUGCCGCCACCUCCUCUGGCGAAACGGACGCCGGCACCGGUAGCGAAGACAAGGAUGGCGAUAAGGACGUGAAGAAAAAGAAGAAUCGAUGUGCCACUUGUCGCAAGAAGGUCGGCCUAACAGGUUUUGAAUGUCGUUGCGGAGGACUAUUUUGUGCCAUCCAUCGAUACAGCGAUAAACACGACUGCAGUUUUAACUACCGGGAGAUGGGCGCCCAAGAAAUUAGACGCAACAAUCCCGUCGUUGUAGGUGAAAAGAUCCAAAAGAUCUGAACCUCGCCGCAACGUUAACUAGAAGUUUGCGUGUGCCAUGCGCCCAUCCAUACCGAGUGAUCAAAUGAGAUAUGGACAAAUUUUUUUUCUGAAAAAAGAAUCAUUGAUCAGAACUGGUCGGGGUGUUAUUAGUGCAAACACACAAACAAACAAAAAAGACUUAAGUGAUUUAUUAUUAUAUGGUACUUUUAUUUACAAUUUUGCCACUCAAUUUCGUCUUUAGUUUUAUUUCCAUUAAUAAAUUUAGAUAUAUAAAUAUAUAUGUCAUUUUAGCUUCUUUGUUGAUUGUAUAUACAUAUUACUGGAGGGAUGUCGGGACUGUGAACUGUAUUUGGUUUCAGUUUGACUGUUCUCUAAAGUCUGGCCAUCAGUCAGAAAACCAAAUUGUGCUUUAUAUAUUUUUACAUAUAAUUCAACAAACAUGUUGCAAUAUCUCUUUAUAACUCUGACCUUUAUAUUGCGAACCUUCAAAACACAAAAUUUUAUUGCUUGGUUUUUGAAGUAUUUCUAUGUUUUGUAUUAAAUAUGACUGUAAUUAGUCUAUAAUGAUAUUAUUCCGAUGAGUAUUGUUCCAAUUAUUAAACUGUUUAAAAACAUUUGGCCGUAGAGAAACAAGGUGUUAAAAUUUUUUACGAACUAAAUCAUUUUUUGUAUGUCUGUAUAUGUGCAGGUUUCUUAAGAAUCUACUUAAACCAUUUCCUCGAUUUAUUCAAAUAUCUGGUAAAAUAAUAAGUAAUAUGAAAUAAUCAAUCAUCUUGGUAUCAGUACUUAAACCAAAAAAAUCACAUGACAAAAAUCCUGGAUUAAGUAUAUUGUUAAAGAAAAUAAAGGAAAGGUCGAUAAAGCUGUUCAACCAACUAGACCAAAUAUGAAGAGUUAGAAAAGAAGCACUGGAAGAACUAACGUAAUACAAAUAGAUUAGAGAACUAGUAAUAAUAAUACCAGAAUCUAAAUUUGACGACUACAGCCCGAGAGCGUAAGAAUGAUGAAGAUUCGUGGAAUUUUAAAUAUAAAUAAAACCAUUUAACAUUUAUUACUCUACUUGCCAUUGAUAUCAACUAUGCAUAACUUAUAGCAGAUAAUUCCAAUAUUCUACAUGAUAUAUAUAAAAACGACACUGCUAACUUUUUAACAGACCAAAGUAUUUACACUACAAAUCAUUAUUUUAGAUAUUUUUAAUAUUUUCUACAAAUAUAAGAUUUUAAAAUUUUAUUAUUUAUAUAGAAAAUUUCUAACACUUUUUUUAUUAAAAAUUUUCUGUUAUAAAUAUAGAUAUAUAUCUUCUGUACCUAUAUACAUAAAGUAUUGCCACUUUUAAAUACGAGUCCCUUAUUCACAUAUAUUUAAAUAGAAAGUUAAACUGAAACCGAAAACCAGAUUUUCCCUGAUCCACACAAAUUUUCUACAGGGUAUCAAACAAUGUUGCACUCCUUUUACAAGCACGUUGUGGGACAUCCUGUAUAUAGAUAUUAUUUACCUUUGGUAAGGGACGUAUAGCGCCCUGGCUUCUGCAAUUCUAAUCCAAUAUUAAUGUAGAAGUUUUUUUUUUGUUUUAUUGAAUCCCAUUUAGUCGCAGACGGGCAAAUACAGGGUGAAGACGAUAUUUUCCAAAUACAAUAAUUAAAAUGUACAAUGCUUAUAUAAGUGUAGUGAGUGAAAAAAGCUAUAACAAAAUUUUCCAUUUGUGUAUAACCUUUUUUUUAAGAUGUAGGACACAGGAUACAAUUGGUUCACUGAUAUAAUAUUUCAAAUACACUUUAAUAUAUUAAACAUAAUAUAGUUAAAAUUGAACCUACAUCCACUUAAGUUUUAAAAAAUUUUAUUCACACUUUUUAGCUGUAUUUAACAUGUUUCUUUAUCAUAUUAAGAUCUCCAAUGUAUGCUCAUUCUAAUAUUUACUUCCUAUUUCACAUGUUUUACUUUAAUUCUAGAUUAUCCUUAUCGGUUGCCAGUACAUUGUGACAUAAGUUGUUUUUUCAAGAUGGUUGCUAAUCAGCUGCCAUGUCAUCUGUAAUAAGUUCUGUACGUCAUUUGUGUCAUCUUUUUUUGUGCCAUAGGCAGGUUAGUCUAUGUUAACUGCCAAUUUUUGAUAUAACAAUUAUCUAUGUGUCAAGUGUACACUUUCUGAAUAAAUCUCGACAAAAAAAUAAAUAUUCUUAUGUAGAAUUUCUACGAGCUUAUAUAAAAAUUAAACUAUAUACUACUUUUUUAGUGUAAAAGAUAUAGAGUGAAUGCGGAAUAUUUGAUCUACAAUCGCUAACAUUCAUAAUUACCAACUACUUAUAUAUUUUUUUAUAAUCAUUUUACAAACUUAAUUUGAACAUUUUAAUAUAAAGAGAAGAUUUUUAAAUGCAUUGUUUGCUAUACACAAGCUUCACUCUGUAGCUCGACUCUUGCUUUACAUGUUUAGUUGAAUUUUGUUCUUGUUGACUGAGUUUUUGCCCAUUUUUGACUGAUGGGAAUGUUUAAAGGAUUCAGGUUAAAAUUAGUUUUUUGAGCAGUUUAUUUUAUCGUGCAAACAUAGGCAAAGCCUCUUGAGGAGUCGGUAUUGCAGGUAAGCGGUCGGUGAUAGGUGAACUCUAGAAUUACCGAAAAUAUACUUUUUUAGUUUUGGAUUUUGUAAAAUGUAAUUUUUCAUGUAUUUUUCAAAUGUAGCUGUGCUGAAUAUUGUUAACAGAUUCCAGUCUUGUAAUAAGUUUAUUAUGUAACAAAUCUAUCCAUUACAAGCUUUUUCAUGUCUUCAAUAAGAUUUUUAGGACACCAUAAAAAUUUAUGUUGUUUGGUUAACAGAAAUUCAUGACAUCUAUUUUAUUACACUUAAUCAAAUGCUUUCUUUUAUUGAUAUAAACAGUUCGAUAAGCAUUCGACAUAACACUAUAUAUGCGAAUAAAUCUGACACUAAAUAAAUAAAAAAAUAAAAUAAAAUAAAAUCCAAUAAAAAUUCAGGAGAUGGACAGAUACAGAGAGAAACGAAAAAACAUGAUUGAUUACGGGUGAUGUGUGCCGUAUCAAAAAUUUAGUUGGUAUAAAUAUUUACAAAUUAAGUGCAUUCCAAACCGAUUAAAUUGUAUUUAGAUACCAAUUAAAAGCUGGCAGGAUGAGACUUACAACUUAAAUUUGAAAACAUUAAAAAUAAUUUAUAGUUAUUGGGUCCCAAAGUUUUUCCAUCCUUUUUUUAAUUUGAAAAUUGUUUUACUAAGUCAUAUCUCAUGCUAAGAAGAGAAAAUAUUUAAAUAUUUGACAACACUGCCAAAUUUAGAACAUUGAGUGCAACGGUAUCUUCUACUAGAUAAUAUAACUGCUCUAUUCCCUAUUUUUUCUAUAUCUUCAAAAGCAAAAAUAUUUCUCACGUGUCAGUAUUUGCUUGUCGGAUAAUAACAACACACAUUCAUGAUAUCCAGCAGCUUUUGUGGUGUGUUAAAUUUAAACAGUCCGUUUAAAAGAAAGAAAUGACAGAUUGAAAAUACAAUAUAACUACAAUUUAUUAUUUUAUACCAAAAUAAUUUCAUCUAACUACUGUGUUGGUGAGCUUAUGAGCUGGCCAAAAAAGAGUGACUUAUGACAUAAAAUUUCUUUAUUUUUGAUCAUCACAAGUACAGUUAACUCAUGUCAUCAAGUAAAUGAAAAAAAUUGGAAUACUAUAACAGCUUCUAUAUUAAACCAUUUUGUUGCAGUAAGUUAUUUUAACUUUGAUCUGUGAUACAACAUCAAGCUGCUAUGCAAAAAUCCAGUUGUGAUAUCGCUAUUUUGACAAAUUGUGUUAACUGUGAAUGUAGUGAGCAAACAUUUAGGAUAUGUUUAAGGAAUUAAGUAAUUAAACACAUUUAUGUUUCACAUUUAGUCUUGAUGAUUUCUGUUAGUUUGUCAAUAAUUCAAAUUAUGUAAUGUAUGGUAACGUGACAUUUGUCAGAAACAGAUUGGUUAACCUAAACAAAUUGGUUAACUAAAGGCUUACAGUGCGAAGUAUUUAUGUAAUGGAUAGAUUUAAAUUGAUUAAAUCAGCGCGCCUGGUCUGAUUCUACCGACAAAGUAUUUCAAACGAAAAAUUGCGCUUAACAGAAAAAAUUCGAAAAUAAAGUUACGAAUAUUUUUUGCUUUAAUCAGUGACUAGUGAAUAGUUUAUAUAUGAACUUGACAAAGAAGUUAAUCGGACGUAUUUUUAGUUCAAAAACCAAAAUGUUUUCCUAUACUGACAACAAAUUUAGUGGCAAAUGCAAAGGCUCUAAAAAAUAUACACAUGUAGUUUUGAUUUUGAAAAAUAUUAAAGACUUUAAAAAAGUUUUAGGUUAGGUUUUUAGGGAAACAAAAUAAUGUACGUUAUAAAGAUUUAAUUAAUAAACUGUUAGUUACAUACGCUUGUUUAUUGACACAUACUAAGACCACUGCUAUUUUAGAGUUGGGAGUCACUUGCGUUAUUAAAAAUAAACCCAAAUAUAACACUUAAUAGUUGCCAUUACAAUAUCCCUACAUUUUUAAGGAAAUAACUUGAAUUCAUUGGAAUCAUAUAACAGUAACUUAAUUUUCAGAAUAAACACGGGCACUAUUUGGAAUGUAUGUACUUUAAUUUUUCUGUCUGGUGUAUAUUUCACGAGAAUAAACACACGAUAUAAACGUGACAGUACUGUAGCGCCUUAAAUUUAUUAUGGUAGUACAAUAGUAACAGUUUUCAAGUUCUCCAAAAUUAAUAGGUGUUGAUUGAAAUUAAACAUUUUUAGAUAUCUAAUAGAUAUGCAGGUCACUGGAAAGUUUUAUCUCUAAUUUUUUUCUCUUAAAAUCACAAGUAAAUAAGUUCUACCUAAUUUUAUCCACUACAGAUUGGACAUCAAAGCCUUGUAGGGAGUAGAUCACCGGAGUAUGCUAUUAUGAGUAGAGUCUGGAUUAAAUAAAAAAAAGUUAAAAUAGUUGCUUAAAAAGCAUAGUUUUGCUUGAAAAAAUAGGAUGAAAUAUCCAUAAAAAGGCAUAACAAUCGUAAAAAACUUAAAACAAAAAUAAAACUUAAUUUGUUCUUAACAAAACCAAAAUCAUAAAAUAGAAUAAAGUUAGACAAAAUAAAGUUUAACUAUUUCAUUGUAAAAUUUUGUCUUCCGUAUCAGUAUUUCCUGUCAAUACCAAAUCAAUUUCUUAAUUUCUGAAAAGGUUUAUUCUUAAACAUAUCUUUUUUUGAAAGUUUUUUAUACAUUUGGACCGUUAUUUCAGGAAUACUAUCAAUGAACUCUUCGAAAUUGUUAAUUUAAAUCGAGUCAUAUAGUCAUUACUUGUUUCUCAACAGACUUUAUAUAUCACUCACAAAACUAAAAUUCAUCUUAAAAUAAGCUAAAUUGUUUCUUGUGUCUUUAGAUCUAAGACCGUUUAAUAAUUUUUAAUUGCCUUGCUCUGCAUUAUAUUGCAGCGUCCAACCAAGUGCCCCAACUUUUUAAACCAGUUAAACCAGGUAAGGUGGUAAUGGGGUGUAGGGUACUACUUGAGAGUAUUCCUUGAAGAGGUGUACUUGAAAAGGCGCCUUAACAAAAUUUUUUUUUCCAUAUUUAAUAUGUUUAUGAAAAAGAAGAAAUUGCUGCCUUAUAGUUUCAGUAACUCUAAGCUGUGUAUCUAAGCAAGUGCAAUGGAUUAAAUUUAGGUAAAACAGUUCUAAGCUUAAGCUGUUUUGACCAUAUUAUACGCUGUGACAGAAAACAUGAGUAAUACUUUAUUACAGGGAACUACUGGUUCUGGAAAGUAAAAGCUUGUUAUUGCUUAAUUUACAAAUCUGGAUAUUGUGUUACUGUUUCUGCUGUCGAGAGUAUAUUAAUUAUUCUUUAGUUGACUUUCUUCAUCGAGAACUCCGAAUCAUUAAAUUUGCAACAUAUCUUACACAAGUAUCCGUCGUUUUAUUCAUUGUAAAUCAAAUAUAGUGACUAUAUUUCCUGUGUAUUAGUCAAUCGAACCUACUCUUUACCAAUUUUUAUAAAUUUCUUAAACUUUAACCUAGUUAUUAAAAUAAUAUAAUUUUUUUGGUAUCCUUUAAAUUUUAAAAAAUAAUACCAAUUACCGUGUUUACACAGGCUCUGAAAAAUAAUUUUCCACCCUAAUACUUUAAAUUAACUCAUCCACUGAGGGCUUUCUCUUCGGCAUAUUGAAACAAAAACGAAAAUUAAAAUAUGUAGUAAAUUACUAUCAAACAGUUGACGGUACAUUAACAGACAAGAUACUGCCUAGGGAUUAUUUUAAUUUUAGAUUAGGGAUUCACAGGCCUUUAACGAAAGGCAAAAACAAUAAUACAAUAAUAAAUUGACAAUGUGAACAAGAGUAUAAUGCUACGAAUUGCAUAAAGAGUUUAGAGCUGGUCUCUGGCUAUCUUUUAUAUUUGAUGAGCUGACAGUCUCUUUUCGAUGUAGAGUCUACAAAUGAUCAUAAAAAUGACAAUUUCUGUGUUUAAAAGAAUGCCAUGAUUGUUAUCGUUCGUUAAUUUCACAUGUGAAAUACAAUGACGCUACAGUAACUGCACUAUAAAAACGUACAAAUAUUGUAAAUCCAUCUAUUAAAAAAAACUCGAUAGAAAAGUUGUACCAAGCAAAACGUUAAAAAUUUCAAUCAACUAUUAAGAUUAAUUAUAAAGAUUUCCGUAAUUUUUGCUUUGAAAUACAAACCAAAAAAUCAAUUCUGUAAGACCGCAAAGGCGCAAUUUAAAAUACUUUCUUAAUUUCAAGUUGAUUUUAGCAUAACUCUCUUAAAAUACAUACAUUUUCCCAAGUUUUCAACAUCAAUCUGUUAAAAUGACAACCAUCAACGAUCUACAAAUAUGGUGUUUUUGUUGCGGUGUGUAAAUGUAUAGUAACAAACGAUAUGUUUUUUGUUGAAUUCUCAGGUUUGUUCAGAAUAUUGACAGUUUUGGUGAGUGUUGUCAUUUUGAUGUGAGUUUUUCCAUUCAAUUUUUUCACAUAUCACUGUACCAAAUUGUCUUUUUGAAUGACGAGUUUUAUUUAAUAAAAUGUUGUAUUUUUG